UGAAAGGAAAGGCUUGUGGUGGGGGGGAGGCUGAAGGAAAAAGCUUAAGAGAAAGAGAGAUAAGGACAGAGUGGGAGAGAAGAGAGAAGCAAGGAGAGGAGGGUCACAGGGUGACCGCGAAGGAGCACAGGAUUUCUGUUAAAUAUACUUCCAGGAUUAGACUCUGCUUGUUAGUGGGGGAAAUUCCAGCAGUCAGUAGGGCAGCGGCCAAGUAAAAUGGACACAGCCAAACAAACAUUACAGCCACCUCUCCACCGCCCGGAGAUCCCGGAGCUGAUCUCAGUCCAACUCGGUUCUCAGCUGGAGUCUCUGAGCACACUGGACAGCAGGAACCCAGAAAGCUCCUAGAAGCUGCUACGCCUAGAUGCCAUCGCCUGAGCAGUAAGAACUUCUUGUCUGAGUCCUUGCAUUCUCUUCAGCUUGAAACGCUCUCGAAAAGACUAGCAGAGGACCCCAGGGGGGAGGGGUGGGGGGGACAAUCCCAGCUCGGCUCUUUCUCCCCUCCCCCUCCCCUGGCCAGCCUGCAGGCAUGGAGAUGCUCAGCUCUGGACUAGGUAACAACACCACGUCCUCUGAGGGUCCCUUCGGGACACGUGGCAACGCUACCUACAUCUCCGACGUGACCUUCAUCUACCAGGUGGUCACCUCCCUGCUGCUGGGCACGCUCAUCUUCUGCGCCGUGCUGGGCAAUGCUUGUGUGGUGGCUGCCAUAGCCCUGGAGCGUUCCCUGCAGAACGUCGCCAACUAUCUCAUAGGCUCGCUGGCGGUCACCGACCUCAUGGUGUCCGUGUUGGUGCUACCAAUGGCCGCACUGUACCAGGUCCUCAACAAGUGGACGCUGGGGCAGGUCACCUGUGACUUGUUCAUCUCCCUCGACGUGCUGUGCUGCACCUCGUCCAUCCUGCACCUGUGCGCCAUCGCGCUGGACAGGUACUGGGCCAUCACGGACCCCAUCGACUAUGUGAAUAAGAGGACCCCCCGGCGCGCCGCGGCGCUCAUCUCGCUCACUUGGCUCAUUGGCUUCCUCAUCUCCAUCCCGCCCAUGCUGGGCUGGCGCACCCCAGAAGACCGCUCGGACCCCGACGCCUGCACCAUCAGCAAGGACCACGGCUACACCAUCUACUCCACUUUUGGCGCUUUCUAUAUCCCGUUGCUGCUCAUGUUGGUCCUCUACGGACGUAUCUUCCGGGCAGCGCGUUUCCGCAUCCGUAAGACGGUCAAAAAGGUGAAGAAGCGAGCGGGCAGCGGACCUCCGACCGAGAAGAGUGUGAAUGGUGAGCCUCAGAGCAGAAACUGGAAGCUGGGGGUGGAGAGCAGAGCCCGGGGAGCGCCCUGUGCUAACGGUGCGGUGAGACUGGGCGACGGGGACGCCGCCCUGGAGGUGAUCGAGGUGCACCUAGUGGGCAGUUCCAAAGAGCACCUGCCCCUGCCUAGCGAGGCCGGUGCAGUCCCCUGCGCCCCUACCUCCUUCGAGAAGAAAAAUGAGCGCAAUGCCGAGGCCAAGCGCAAGAUGGCCCUGGCCCGAGAGAGGAAGACUGUGAAGACGCUGGGCAUCAUCAUGGGCACCUUCAUUCUCUGCUGGCUGCCCUUCUUUAUCGUGGCCCUGGUGCUGCCUUUUUGCGAGGACAGCUGUCACAUGCCCACUCUGCUAGGCGCCAUAAUCAACUGGCUGGGCUACUCCAACUCCCUGCUCAAUCCUGUUAUUUACGCCUAUUUCAAUAAGGACUUCCAAAAUGCAUUUAAAAAGAUCAUCAAGUGCAAGUUCUGUCGCCGAUGAUGAGAGAGGAAGAGUAAACUCGCCUGGAUCACUUUGCCCUUAGCCCUCUGGUAUCAGCAUUUACGACAGACACUCUGCUACAUUUCCUUUGAGUCUCAGCUGCUCUAUCUCAGCGCUAUAUCCUUCCCUCAGCCCCCUGCUCCCCUGCUCAGAGGAAGCUCGCUCUGGGCAGAGGUCCCAGUGGCUAAGCAGAGGGUCAGAGGAACCUAAGCAUCAGAUCAGCCUAGGAAGGCAAAAUCCAUAAGAAUACACUGUACACAUUAAAGCGACUGCGCAAACCACCUGGCCACUCGAUCGCCCGGUUGCUAGAACUUGAACUUGAGGUUCAGAACAUUGCUCUUGGGCUCACUUCUUUUGCCCUAGAAACAUUUACCCUGGGUCCGCAGCCCCCGGGUUAGGUCCUGUCUACACUUCCCUCUCCCCUUCCCUCCCUGUCCUUUGCCAGACUGUAUUAAAUCGCUAGUUGAAGAAGGCGAGGGGAGGAGGGUCUGCCUUCCCCCCUUGCUGGUGGUUCCCGGGGAAUUCCUACUUCGCUGUGUAGACUCGCAGAAUAAUUCUCCGGUGCACAGCCUUGUUUUUUUGUUUUCUUGGAUUCAAAGCAGGCGACCACAGCUAUAUCUUCGAGUGGACUUGAUUUACACAAAAAGGGGGAGGAUCAUCGAUCAGACUGAAGUACAAUUGCCAAGGUAAUAAAGAAUUUAAGGAAUAAGUCCAAAACAGCUAUAUAGUAGUAAAAACUUGCUGACCUUUUUAAAUUUAAAAUAAGGCACUUGUAUUAAGAUUCAGUAUAUAUGCAUAAAAAUUGGCCUUUACUCUUCCCUGUGACAAUAAAGGACUUUACUAAUGGCAAUGCUACAAUAAACUGUUAUCAAU